AUGGCUGAUAGAACUACUUUUUAGAAAAAUUUAGAUGAUAGAACAUUUAGAAUCAGACUAAGAAAUACUCCUCAAGAAAUAGAUAUUUCGAAGAAUAAAAACUUUGUUAAAGUUAUAGAGCAUGAAUAUGCUUGCAGGUAUUUAGAAAAAUUGAAUAUAGAACCUAAUUAGAAGAAUAUCUAGUUCAUAUUAAAGAAAUAUCCUAUUAAGAAUUGUGAUAUUAAAUCAGAAUGGAAUAAUAAUAAUUUUUCUGCGGAUACAAUUGUCAUCAGCACUCGCAAAAAAGAAGAUUUGAAUCAAAAGUAUCAAGAAUCACAAACAAAUUUAUUUGAAGAAUUAGGAUUGAAACUUAUGAAAAUCCCUAACAUCGAUACUGGCAAAACUAAUACAGAAAAUGAAAAAAAUUUACAAUAAGAAUCGAGAAUGGAUUAGAAUAAAAGUCCAGAACCUAACUCAUAAAUAAACGGUGCUUCCAUGACAUCUAAUGCAUAUAAUACUAGCAGUUACAAAGAAUAGAGCCAGUCAGCUAAGAAAAAACUAUAAUCAUAAGGCGAAGGAUCAAAAGAGAGAACAAAAAAAGCACCUUUAGAUGACAAACAAAAUAAAUUUGAAAUAAAUUAUGACAUCGAAUAUAUUAAGAAGAAUUAUAUAUUCCCUUUUAACCAAACUACCUUAAGAAAAAUAAAUUAGAAUAUGCAAGAAAAUCCUAAAUAUAUAACCACAGCAGAAGAAAAGGAUUUAGUUUUCACAAAUAAUAUAUUUAAAUAUCCUUUCAGCUAAAUAAGGAUAGACUCUGAUGAUCUACAUGAGUUAUAAAAACCUAUUAAUAUUACGAUUGAUGAUAUAUUAGUUAUUUUAGAAGAAUUUAAACAAAAGUUUCCUCGAGAAUAUAUUCCUGUUCAAAACACUGGGUAAUAAGAGGUAGAGAAAAAACCUUUAUAUUCGCAGAGCGAUUAGAACGUGCCGAAAGAAUUUAGAUUAUAUAAUUUUGAUAAUGUUAAUGAGGAAAACGAGAAUACAGAUGUUAAAAAGAGAAAGCAGAAAGAACCUAUGGAUAGAGCUAUUGUGUUUGAAAAGAGUUAAAUAGACUAGGUUUUUAACUUGAUAAGCUCACCUACCAUGGCCAAGUAAAUAGGUUUGUUUACCCAUUUUUGCUAUUGGGUAAUAUUUAGUGAAGUUAAUAUAAAAACUAUUGAAAUGAUCAAGAAAAAAUAAAUAUUUGUGUAAAUGCAAGAACAUUUAGCUUAAUUGAAACAGAAAUUACCUAAUUUUAAACUUUGGUUAAACCUUACUAUGCCUAUGAUCUUAUUAACUAUAAAAAUGGUUACAGAGUAUAUUUUCAAAAACAGGUACCCUGGAUUUUUUAAAGAAUAAGGCAGAAGUUUAAAUAACCAAGGAAUGGUUGCUAUUGAUAAAAUAUUGUUUUUAUGUGAUAAAAUAUUUGAUGAAACAUAAAUUUCUGGCAGAUUCACAUUUUUAGAAUCUAACUUUAAGCAGUAAACUAAAAUUAAUAGUGUUUAAAAUGAUAGAAAGCUAUUGAAAAAAAGAAUUUAUGCUACAUCAUAAAAUAUGAACUUCUUAAUGGAGAAUCCUAGAAGUAGUCAGGCUAGAAACAUUUUAGCCAAGAGCAAUAAAUUAAAUCCAAUAAGUUAGACACAAAAUAAAUUAGAAUCAACUUCAAAAAAACAAUUUGUAAAUUCAGACAUAGAUGAUUUGUAGGAAGAGGAAAGAAAGAAAAUAGAAAAAAGGAACAAAGAAAGAAUCUCAAAUCUUGUUUUAAAUAGAAUCAAUAACAAAACUAAAAGUUUGGUUUGA